GACACAGAUCAAAAGGCAGCAGUACACUCCCUUCAAUCAUCGCAGAGGCUGCAGAGGAGAGGACACUAUAUCAUCGAACAUGCUUCGUUUCAUUGCUGGAAGGAUUUAACUGGGAAUAAUUCUAUCUGGACAUUUAUUUUCCAAAAGGGGCCAAACAAUAAGCUGUGAAGAAUGAGGCCGCCGGUUGAGAUCUCCGUAUUUCUCCUUUCCCUCCUCGCUCCUGGAGUCUUAUACGCCAUGAACAACAUCCCUGCGCUCCAGGAACCUCUGCCAAUCCUGGGAAUGGGAAUGGUCGUGCUGGGAUCUGUUCUUCUCCUCCUCCUCCUCACUGUGCGACACAAAGUGAAAGUGGACCCCUUAUUCUAUGUGUUUGCAGAGUUUUCCUUCACCUGCAUGGUGGGCCUGACUAAUGCUUUGGAGCAGGAUGGCUUCAUAUCUGGUUUCAUGGGAUUCUACCUGAAGAUGGGCGAGCCUCACCUGAGUGCUGCCUAUGCCGUGAUGAUGUCUUACUGGGAAGGUGUCAUCCACUUUGUCCUCUUCCUCACUGUGAUCCACCGCAUGUUCAAUGGGAAGUCCUAUCGUAGCCUGGCGUUGCUGUGGGCGGGAUCAUCCAUCGCCCAUCAGAUUGUUCUCAUCCCAGGAGUGGUUAUUGGUAAAUAUGGGUCUAACAUUCGACCAGCCUUUUGGAGGAACACACCCUUCUUUUUGGUGCCAUUCUGGGCAGCCUCUGUGCUCUUUAGCAGACCCAGAGAGAUGCCAGUCAUCACAGCAGACAAGAUUGCAGAAGAGCAGAAGAAAAGUUUGGUGUCUCGCCCUCUAGACCUGCUUCUCAUACUUCUGUUACUGGGAGCAAUGGCCUUUUCAGUUUUCAGAGGCUUUGUGGUGCUGGACUGUCCUCUGGAUGUCUGUUUCACCUACAUCUAUCAGUACGAACCCUACCUCAAAGAUCCAGUUGGCUUCCCAAGAGUUAUGAUGCUGGUGUAUUUGUUCUACGCACUGCCCCUGCUGGCUAUCCUCAUCUAUGGUCUGAAAACUCCUGGCUGCAGCUGGAUGCUGGACUGGACCAUUUUCUUUGCUGGAGCCAUGGCCCAGAGCCAGUGGUGCCAUAUCGGAGCAUCUCUGCACUCCCGCACUCCCUUCACGUACCGAAUCCCAGCAGACAAAUGGCGGCCUGUUAUCGCCCUCAAUGUGCUGCUUGCUGUUGCGCCUUCUCUGCUGGCCCUGCGCUGCCACACUAACCCGGCUUAUUUUAUGAAGCCUGUUACCAAGGGACAGACCAACAACGAGAAGAAGAAAAAAUAGACCACACACACACACACACACCAUCUAUGGAUUGUUGAGGAAUACUUCAUGUUGUGACAAGGCUAAUGUUGUCUGGAGACUCUCCUCGAUGUGCAAACUGCAUUACACAGUUUUUCGGACUAAACCCCAGAGGAAAUCUAAGAAUGUUGCCCUCUAUGUUAACUGGUCAAAAUCAGUCACCGCGUGCAACACUUUCUGCAUGGACUAUUGGACCCUGAUAAGAAGGCUGUUGAUGGAGGUGAGGACUGUGAUCAGCUUGCACAGCUUUCAGAUGACUCAUGCAGAUACCCACUUUGUAUUUUCCCAAAUUAAAACUGUUAACCUGGAUCAUAACCAGCAAUACACUACAGGAGAGUGACAUCAUUAUUAUACAGUAAAUCUCUCAUGUUUAUAUUUGACUAUCUUUAAUAUGCCAGUGUCAGUGGAAACAGCUUUCAUUGUUUAAAAACUGUGACUAUAAGAAGUGUUUACAGGAUUCACUGAAUAACUUCAGAGUUUGUAAGAGGGGAGAUGAAGAGAGAUGUUAUUCAAAUGAAGAAGAUGAUUAAGAAAAAAAGUCCAUUUGGUGAAACAUAUUAACUUGUAUUGUGUAACGUCUACAUGUUGUAUUAGAACUGCAACUAGAGAUUUCAUUUAUUAUUUAAAUCAAUCAUUAAAAUUGCCACAAAUGGGAAUUAUGUCCAUCACAAGUUCCUGACAUCUCAGUUAAUGUCUUCAGUUUGUGUUGUCAGACCAACAGUCCAAAACCCAAAGUGAUUCAAUUUAUAAUGAUACACAACAGAGAAAAGCAGGAAACACUCACACUGGAAAAUAUUCUGUUUUUGAAUGAAUCUAUUUCAUUUCAGCUCUAGUUGUACUCUAGUACUUCUCUCUGUGUGGUUUUCCAUGUUUUAUGUUCCAUGUUUAUUUUCUACAAUAAAAACAAAUGGAGCACUGAAAGGAUGUUUGAUUAAAUUACAUUUGCCUAA